CCGGCGGCAGCGGUUGGCGGCGGCCCCGGGGCCCCGGCGCGGGAAGCGGCGACGGGGCGGCGGCGGUGGCAGCGCCAUGGAGCCUCGGGAGGUGAAGGACCGGAUCCUGGAGAACAUCUCAUUGUCGGUAAAGAAGCUGCAGAGCUACUUUGCUGCAUGUGAGGAUGAGACCCCUGCCAUCCGGAACCACGACAAGGUUCUGCAGCGCCUGUGCGAGCACCUGGACCAUGCACUGCUCUACGGGUUACAAGACCUCUCCUCUGGCUACUGGGUACUGGUGGUGCAUUUCACCCGCAGAGAAGCCAUCAAGCAGAUUGAGGUGUUGCAGCAUGUGGCCACCAACCUGGGGCGCAGCCGGGCCUGGCUGUACCUGGCCCUCAAUGAGAACUCCUUGGAGAGCUACCUGAGGCUGUUCCAGGAGAAUCUGGGGCUGCUGCAGAAGUACUACGUCAGGAAUGCCCUGGUCUGCAGCCAUGAUCACCUGACUCUCUUCCUGACCUUGGUGUCUGGGCUGGAGUUCAUUCGCUUUGACCUGGAGCUGGAUGCCCCUUAUUUGGACCUGGCCCCCUACAUGCCUGACUACUAUAAACCUCAGAACCUGCUGGACUUUGAAGACCGCCUCCCCAGCUCAGUCCAUGGCUCAGACAGCCUGUCCCUUAACUCCUUCAACUCUGUCACCUCCACCAACCUGGAAUGGGAUGACAGUGCAAUCGCUCCAUCUAGUGAGGAUUAUGAUUUUGGAGAUGUGUUUCCAGCAGUGCCGUCUGUACCCAGCACAGACUGGGAAGCAGAUGGAGACCUCACAGACACUGUCAGUGGCCCUCGCUCCACUGCCUCGGACCUGACCAGCAGUAAGGCGUCCACCAAGAGCCCCACCCAGCGCCACAACCCCUUCAACGAGGAACAGACUGAGAUGGUGUCCUCCUCCGACACCACCCCGGUGCACACCACCUCCCAGAAUGGGGAGUCCCAGGUCCUAGAGCCGCCGGAUGCCUGCACAGAGCUUGAGGUCAUCAGGGUCACCAAGAAGAAGAAGACCGGCAAGAGGAAGAAGAUCAGACCAGAUGAGGAAGCAAGUCCACUCCACCCCAUCUCCAGCCAGCAGGCGAGUGUCAGGCAAGGGGAUGGUGACAGCCUGGUCAGCAGCCUGGGGCUUGGGCAGGACUCGCUGGACACCACCUCGGCCUCCCUGCCUGAGGAGUUCGAGGGGCCCACCAGUGCUCCCGAGACCAGUGAGCAGUCCGAGCUUGGCCAGGUGGGCCUGCUGAUCCCUGAGAUGAAGGAUACCUCUAUGGAGCGCCUGGGACAGCCCCUGAGAAAGGUCAUUGACCAGCUCCAUGGGCAGCUGGACCCCAGCACCUGGAGCUCCCAUGUCGAGCCCCCAGACCAGUCCUUUCGGACCAGCUCUCCCGGGGAGGCCCCGGAGAAACCACCAUUUUGCGACUUUAGUGAGGGGCUUCCAGCCCCCAUGGACUUCUACCGCUUUACCGUCGAGAGUCCAAGCACUGUUACAUCAGGUGGCAGCAACCAUGACCUUGCAGGGUUUGGCCAACCGCUGCAUGUUCCUGGUGGCCCUGCGGCUGCUAGCCAAGAAGAAGAGGGAGGAGGAGGAGAGGGACAGACAUCUGGGCUCCUAGAGGAUGUGCCAGGGGUGGCUCAGGAGCUGGAGACCCAGGAAGAGGACUCCCAGCCACCCCUGGUCCUCGAGGGGCCUGGGUCCAAGCCCGAACUACAGACCCAGGAGACUUCCUGCCCACUCAAGCAGGACCAGCCCAGCCCAUGUCUGAGUAGCGCUGAGGACUCCGGGGUGGACGAGGGCCAGGGGAGCCCUUCUGAAAUGACACACUCCUCGGAGUUCCGGGUAGACAACAAUCACCUCCUCCUGCUGAUGAUCCACGUGUUCCGGGAAAACGAGGAGCAGCUGUUCAAAAUGAUCCGUAUGAGCACCGGCCACAUGGAGGGCAACCUGCAGCUGCUCUACGUGCUGCUCACGGAUUGCUACGUCUACCUGCUCCGCAAAGGGGCCACAGAGAAGCCAUACCUGGUGGAAGAGGCCGUUUCUUACAAUGAACUUGACUAUGUGUCGGUUGGCCUCGACCAGCAGACAGUGAAGCUGGUGUGCACCAACCGCAGGAAGCAGUUUCUGCUGGACACCGCAGAUGUGGCCCUGGCUGAGUUCUUCUUGGCCUCUCUGAAGUCAGCCAUGAUCAAAGGCUGUCGGGAACCACCCUACCCCAGCAUCCUGACUGAUGCCACCAUGGAGAAGCUGGCACUGGCCAAAUUUGUGGCCCAGGAAUCCAAAUGUGAGGCAUCCACUGUGACUGUGCACUUCUAUGGGCUCGUGCAUUGGGAGGACCCUAUGGACGAGGUCUUGGACCCUGUGCCCUGCCACUGCUCGCCCCUCGAGGGUGCCAUCACCAAAGAAGGUGUGCUGCACUACAAGGCGGGCACCUCUUACCUGGGCAAAGAGCACUGGAAGACCUGCUUUGUGGUGCUCAGCAAUGGGAUCCUAUACCAGUAUCCUGACCGCACCGAUGUCAUCCCCCUGCUCUCAGUGAACAUGGGGGGGGAGCAAUGCGGUGGCUGCCGGAGAUCCAACACCACAGAUCGGCCCCACGCCUUCCAGGUCAUUCUGGCCGACCGGCCCUGCCUGGAGCUGAGCGCUGAGAGUGAAGCUGAGAUGGCCGACUGGAUGCAGCACCUCUGCCAGGCAGUGUCCAAAGGGGUCAUCCCCCAGGGGGUCACUCCCAGCCCCUGCAUCCCUUGCUGCCUGGUGAUCACUUCGGACCACCUCUUCACGUGCCAUGAGGACUGCCAGACCAGCUUCUUCCGCUCACUGGGCACAGCCAGACUGGCCGACAUCAGCGCCAUCUCCAUGGAGCCGGGCAAGGAGUACUGCAUCUUGGAAUUCUCCCAGGACAGCCCUCAGCUCCCCACUCCCUGGGUCAUCUACCUGAGCUGCACUUCUGAACUGGACCGAUUCCUGUCUGCACUGAACUCUGGGUGGAAAGCCAUCUACCAGGGUCUCAUGAACAGCGUCCGAUUCUACUGCUACAGCCUAGCAUGCCAAGCUGGCCUCAGCCAGCAGCCAGGGGGCACUGUGGUUGCAGGUGCUGUGGCUGGGGCACUGGGAGCAUUCGUGGGGAGCCCUGCUUAUCUGGUCAAGACGCAGCUGCAGGCCCAGACGGUGGCCACCAUGGCUGUGGGCCACCAGCAUCAGCACCAGAGCGUCCUCGGUGCCUUGGAGACCAUCUGGCGGCAGCAGGGCCUGCUGGGGCUGUGGCGGGGUGUGGGAGGGGCGGUGCCCAGGGUCAUGGUGGGCUCAGCUGCACAGCUGGCUACCUUCACCUCCGCCAAGGUCUGGGUACAGGAGCAACAGGUGAGGGGCUGGAGGGCCAUCUGCCUCCUACAUAGGAAGUCCAGGGACAUAUGUCAUAUGGGGCCCCUUAGAAAGCUGGAGAGCUGGCUCUGUUAUCAGAAUGGUGACCUGGCCCUUAGGCCCAGCAGGAGGUGGGGGUCAGCAGCAAAUUUUAAAGCUGUGAAGGAAUACAGGUUGUUAGGGGGUAAGGAAUGGCUGGAGGACCCUAGUCUGCUCCCUGACUCCAUCCCUUCCAGCCCCCCGGUGCUAGGGGUUGUGGAGGUCACCCCAGGGGUGGGAAGAGGGCAGCUACAGGGUCAGCACCCUAUGGCAUCCCCACAGUGGCUUCCAGAGGACAGCUGGCUGGUGGCCCUGGCAGGGGGCAUGAUCAGCAGUGUAGCUGUUGCUGUCGUGAUGACCCCCUUUGACGUGGUCAGCACACGGCUGUACAAUCAGCCUGUGGAUGGAGCUGGCAGGGCCUUUGACCCCUCCCAGCUCCUCCCCUGCCUUCCACUGACACCUCUGCCCAGUGAUGUCAUCAGUCUGCCUGUGCAGACCUGGCCCGAGGCUGGGCCAGAUCAGGCUGCCAUGUUCUCCCUGCUGUCCCUCCCCUCAUGGCUCCCCGGCCUCCCCUCCCUGGAGUGGGGCUGCAGCCUCCUUGAUGGCCUCCUGCAAGGCCUCGUCGGGGCCUGCGGCGUCUCCAUUCUGAACAACCUCCUGAAGGUUUACUUCUUCGUGGGCUGUGCCAGUGACCCCGGGCGGCGGGCAGAGACAGAGCGGCUGCGGGCUCAGUGGGCCCUGCUGGAGACGGUGCAGCUGGCUGGCUUGGCCUUGUUCCUGACCAUCGUGGGGGCCCGGGUGGCUGCCCUGGUGGUGCUGGAGUUCUCCCUGCGGGCCGUGUCCAUGCUGCUGUCCCUGCGCAAGGGCUCCCAGGGCCUCGAGACGCUGCAGCUCUACCUGCUGAGCCAGUAUGCGCUGGGCUGCGGGCUGACCUGCGGCCUGAGCUUCCUGCAGGAGGGUGCCCUGCACCGCACCCUUAGCCUGCUGCUUAGCCUUCUGCUGGCUGCACUGCUCCAUUCUGGUGCCCGCCACCUCUGCCACCACGUCUGCUGCCUCUACGAGCUGCACAGCAGCCAGCACUACUGUGGGGUCUGCCUGGGCCUGCUGGCCGGUGCUCACCGGAUCCCUGGGCUGCUGGGCCGCGCCCUGGCCAUGGCCUUCACUGUGGGCAACUUGGCAGCCGUGGCCCUCAUCCACAAGGACUUCCUGAGCACCUCAGAGGCUGUGCGCUUUUGGAUGCCACUCAUCAUCUGCUACACGCUGCUGGUCAUCUACAUGCAAGGCUGCCCUGGGACCUGCAGGACUUCAGCUCCUCCAGGAUUCGGGAUCCCAGGACCCAGAGCGAUGGCCUCGAAACCUGAGAAGAGAGUCGCCUCGUCCGUGUUCAUCACCCUGGCACCCCCUCGUCGCGACGUGGCCGUGGCCAAAGAAGUGCAGCAGGUGGCUGGGGAGGCCUGGCAUGGCCGUCCCUGGGAGCCCUCUGUCCCUGUGAAGGCCCCUGGGGCUGGCGUGGCUGGGAGACCCUGGACCCUUCCUGGCAGGGCUGUAGCCACAGUCCCCGCUGCACCCCCACAGCCCUCCAAUGGAGGGUGCCCGCCGCCCUCUCCAGCCCUGGUCGACCCGGACCUCCUCCCGCCGCCGCCUCCACCAACCCCUGCGGCCUUCCUGCCCCGGCACCCGGAGCCUGCCGGCCCGCUGGGGGCAUCUCUCGCCUCGGACCUGGAGCAGCUGCACCUGCCCCCGCCGCCGCCUCCCCAGACCCUGGCGGAGCCCCGGCCCGCUCACCUCAGGCCCUCGGAGGAGGAGCUGCCGCCUCCCCCAGAAGACCCUGCGGGCGUCCCCGAGCCAGAGGUGACCACAGACGUCUGUGCCUUCUGCCACAAGACCGUGUGCCCCCGGGAGCUGGCCGUGGAGGCCAUGAGGAAGCAGUACCAUGCCCAGUGCUUCACGUGCCGCACCUGCCACCGCCAGCUGGCCGGGCAGAGCUUCUACCAGAAGGACGGGCGUCCCCUCUGUGAGCCCUGCUACCAGGACACCCUGGAGAAGUGCGGCAGGUGUGGCGAGGUGGUCCGGGACAACAUCAUUCGGGCCCUGGGCCAGGCCUUCCACCCAGCCUGCUUCACCUGCGUGACCUGCGCCCGGCGCAUUGGCGCAGAGAGCUUCGCCCUGGAUGGCCAGGACCAGGUGUACUGCCUGGAUGACUUCUACAGGAAGUUCGCCCCUAUGUGCAGCAUCUGUGAGAAUCCCAUCAUUCCCCGGGAUGGGAAGGAUGCCUUCAAAAUCGAGUGCAUGGGGAGAAACUUCCAUGAGAACUGCUACCGAUGCGAGGACUGCAGUGUCCUCCUGUCUGUGGAGCCCACCGACCAGGGCUGCUACCCGCUGAAUGACCACCUCUUCUGCAAGCCGUGCCAUGUGAAGCGCAGUGCUGCGGGCUGCUGCUGAGACCCCACCAGCCCUGCCGGGCCCUCGCUGACUCAGUUUCCCUCCCAGACCUGCUCCUGCACUUUCCUUCCACACCUCACCAGUGUGCUGGGGCCCAGCCUCCUCCCAGAGCAGAGGUAGUGCAGGUCCCCAGGAUCCCCCAACUUUUAGCUCCUUUUCCGCAUGGGCACCAACCCAUUUCUGGGUGCAGGUCUCCCAUUUCCCAAGGGUGCUGGGCCAGCUGUGCAUGCAGGGCUGAACUAUCAGAAAACUCCAAGGUCACUGAAAAAGUGCUUUUUGUAGCCAGGCAUGGGAUACAGACCUGUAAUCCCAGCGCUGGGAGGCUGAGGCAGGAUGGCAAGUUCAAUCCCAGCCUGGGCAACUUAGCAACUUAGCAAGACCCUGUCUCAAAAAAUGACGCUGGCCAUGGUGGUGCAUACCUGUAAUCAAAUCACUCGGGAGGCUGAGGCAGGAGGAUCACUAGG